AUGGAGUCACCCAAGUCGAUCGCUGAUACUCUGAUUGACGAUCGGCUCGAGUUCUUACUAGAAAUCAAUAUUUCCGCGCCUAUCAAUAAAGUCUUAGCGAAGAAAUCUAUAAAUUCAUCUCGUACAAUCAUUAUCUAUCUAUCUAACUAUCUAUCUAUCUAUCUAUCACAGUCUUUUCAUCAUGUAUGUAUGUAUGUAUCUAUCUCGGUCUUUUCAUUAUCUAUCUAUCCAUCUAUCUAUCUAUCGAUUUAUAUAUCUAUCUAUCUCAGUCUUUUCAUUAAUGUAAGUAUGUAUGUAUCUAUCUAUCUCAACUUUUACAUUAUCUGUCUCUCUAUCUAUCUAUCUAUCUAUCUAUCUAUCUAUCGUAGACCUUUCAUUGUCUCAGUCUUUUCUCUAUCUAUCUAUCUAUCUAUCUAUCUAUCUAUCUAUCUAUCUAUGUCAGUCUUUUCAUUAUCUAUCUCUCUCUCUCUCUCUCUCUCUCUAUCUAUAUAUCUAUCUAUCUAUCUCAGUCUUUUCAUUAUCUAUCUAUCUAUCUAUCUAUCUAUCUAUCUAUCUAUCUAUCUAUCUACAUUUCAUCUAUCUAUCUAUCUAUCUAUCUAUCUAUCUAUCUCAGUCUUUUCAUUAAUACUUUUACAUUAUCUGUCUCUCUAUCUAUCUAUCGUAGACUUUUCAUUAUCUCAGUCUUUUCAUGAUCUAUCUAUCUAUCUAUCUAUCUAUCUAUCUCAAAUCGAGCUCAUACUUUUACAUUAUCUGUCUCUCUAUCUAUCUAUCGUAGACUUUUCAUUAUCUCAGUCUUUUCAUGAUCUAUCUAUCUAUCUAUCUAUCUAUCUAUCUAUCUAUCUAUCUAUCUCACUGAAAAACAUGUCCUUCUUCUUCUUCUUCUUCUUCUUCAUCUUCUUCUUCUUCUUCUUCUACCCUCCUUCUCCUAACCGCCGCCUCCUCCUCCUCCUUCUUUUUCUUCUUAUUCUACCCUCCUUCUUCUAA